AUGCACAAAUCCUACAGUCAAUCUCACAUUGCAUUGUAUGGAAUACACCUGAAAGUGGUUCCUGAGUAUCCCUGCUUCAGUAAUAUCUCAAGUGUAAGUGCGGGCAGCAGACGCGGAAGUUCGGCGGGUGAGCCUGGCGCCCAGGAGGCCAGACAGGCAGUAGACCGGGAACCAGCGGUGUGCGGCGAGUGCGCAUGCGCGCAGACGGGCCCAGGCGCUGACCCCGGCCCUCAGGUUCACUUCCGGUCCAGCAGGCAGAGACGCGAAGCCCGAGCCAGCCGCGACGACGACCCCUCAGGUACCGAUGUUUUUAGAAACCCCCAAACAAAUUGGCCACCCCGCUUCACCAACACACAUGCGUUUUCUCUCCUUUUAGGGCCUCUGUUUUCUGUUACAAUGGAUCGCGAUUUAGAACACGCUCUGGAUCGCGCAGAGAAUAUCAUUGAAAGUGUCCAACAGAGACCUCCUAGCAGGAGGUACUCACCUGGGGCGGGAAAAACUCUACAGGAAAAACUUUAUGACAUUUAUGUUGAGGAGUGUGGAAAAGAGCCUGAGGAUGCUCAGGAAUUGAGAAGCAAUGUAAACUUGUUAGAAAAGCUUGUUAGGAGAGAUUCCUUGCCGUGUUUAGUGGUCAAUCUAUACCCAGGCAAUCAGGGGUAUUCUGUGAUGCCGAGAAAAGACGGGUCCUUUGCAGAGACCAUUCGACUGCCUUAUGAUGAAACGGCAUUGCUCGACUACUUGGAUGCAGAAGAAUUACCCCCUGCUUUGAUUGAUGUCCUGGAAAAAGCUUCGGUUAAUAUUUUUCAUAGUGGGUGUGUCAUAGUAGAAGUCCGUGACUACAGGCAGUCCGGUAAUAUGCAACCCCCUGCUUACCAAAGUAGGCAUAUUCUCCUACGUCCAACGAUGCAGACUUUGGCCCAUGAUGUGAAGUCAAUGACAAGAGAUAGCCAGAAAUGGAGCCAGGAAGACAAACUUGAGCUUGAGAGCCAACUGAUAUUAGCUACAGCUGAACCACUGUGUCUUGAUCCUUCUGUAGCAGUUGCCUGCACUGCAAACAGGCUGCUGUACAACAAGCAAAAGAUGAAUACCGACCAGAUGAAACGGUGCCUCAAGAAAUAUUCAUGGCCCUCUGUAAAGCCACAGCAGGAGCAUUCUGACUAUCCACCCCCUCCUGAGCUAAGAAUGUCAACUUCUGGCCAAAAAGAAGAAAGAAAAGUGGGUCAGCCUUAUAAGCUGAACCUUGCUAAAUCAGGAAGUUGUGUAGACAUGUGGAAACACAGACCCCGUGAUUUGGCUGUGCCUUCUGAAGUGGAUGUGGAGAAACUUGCUAAAGGGAGUCAGUUCGUAACAGCUGCUGACCCCCAGUUCCCAGACCGGCCAGCCCAGGAGGUAGAAGACCCUUUCGGAUUUGGUUGGGAAGCUGGCUGUCAGGCCUGGGACACCAAGCCGAGCAUGAUGCAGUCAUUUAAUGAUCCGCUUCUUGGUGAUGAAAUACAGCCACGUAAAAAAGCCAGGCAGAAGGGCCAGAAGUCUCGCUGCCAGCCCUUUCCAGAUGACCAUUCAUCCGGUCUCAGGCCUGGGCCAGAGGCUGAUGCUGGGAAGGCAGUGAGUUGGGCCCAGGAAUCGGUGCAGAGCAAAGUCAAAGGUCCAGACAAGAUGUCACGCAGCUCCAGUGGCCCAGCUAGUGUCAGUCAGCUCUCUUCAGGGAAAACACCAGAACAGCCUAAGCCUGUUUGGGUCCAGGCUUCAGUAUUGGGGAAGGGAGAGAAACAUCCACCUCCCUCCACCCGACUUCCCUCAAGCUCAGGAAAGAGUUCCUCGGGUAACAGUUUUCCCCCACAACAGGCAGGCAGCUCUCUUAAGUGUCCAUUUCCUGCUGCUGCUGCUGUUCUUGCUGCUCCUGCUGCUGCUCCUCGUCUUCCUCCCCCUCCCGCUGCUCCUGCUGCUCCUGCUCCUCCUGCUCCUCCAGCUCCUCCUGCUGCUCCUCCUCCUCCUCCUGCUGCUGCUCCUCCCCCUGCUGCUGCUGCUCCUCCCGCUGCUGCUGCUGCUCCUCCUGCUGUAGCUGCUGCUGCUCCUCCUGCUGUAGCUGCUGCUGCUGCUGCUUCUGUAGCACCAAGUCAUUCUCAGAAGUCCUCUGUGCAUUUCAUUCACAUUAUCAGGCCCCCUCCAACUGUCCGGCCCCCAAGCAGAUUCACAAAAAUAGCCCCAGCCAUUCCGGUCGGGACAGGCUCCACUGGCCCACAGGCCAUCAACGUGGUGGGCCCAGUCCACCGAGCCCAGGCUUUGGGGAGCAGUUCCAAGCCUGUGCAGGCCCCUGACCCUGGUGGCCCAGCUCCUGCAGGAAUCAGUGGGAGUGGCCCUCAGUCCUCAGGAGGUCCACCACCAGAUGCAAGGCCUGGUUCAGUACAGGCAUCUUCUCCAGCACCUGUUCGGCUUUUCCUAAAUACUCCUGAAGGUCUCAGGCCUGUGACUUUCCUCCAGAUUCUGCAGGGCUCCGUGGUUCUGAGUGGCUCACAGGAGCGGCUCCAUCAGCUGCCUUCCCUGCAGCAGCCCGAGCAGCCCACAGCUGCUCACCCUCCUCAGCCAGGACCACAGGGUUCCACACAAGGUUUGGGCACUCAAGGGCGGGCCUUCCCUGCUCAGCAACUUCUUGACAUGAAUCUCGCUGGAGCCAGAAGUGGUCUGCAGCCCCAGCCCCAGGCAGCUGUGUCAGCUGAGCUUGGCUCUGCCCCGGUUCCUCAGCAGAGGGCCCAGCUUCCCUUUGUCUUGAGGCAACAGCAGCCACAGCCACAGCCACCAAAGCCUCAACCACAACCGCAGCCACAGCCACAGCCACCAAAGCCUCAACCACAAUCGCAGCUGCAGCCACAGCCACCAAAGCAUCAACCACAACCACAGCCGCAGCCACAGCAGGAGCAGCCACAGCCACAGCAGGAGCAUCCACAGCCGCAGCAGCACCAGAUGCAACAGUUGAAGGUCCGGCAGCAGCCACUGUUUUUGGCAACAGGUGCUAUUCCAGUAGUGCAGCCACAUCCAGGUGGGCAAGCAGGGAGCCAGUCUGUGGGUCAGACGAAGGGAGGCAAGCCAACCCCUCCAGCACCCUAA